AUGCUUUGCCGGCUUGCCGCACGUCGCUGCGGCGACCUGCGGCUCCGUGGCGCGGUGCACUGCCGCGCCAUCUCCAGCAUCGCCGACCGCAGCCUCACCAAUCUCGCCGACGCUGGUCUCGGUGCACGCGUCCUCUUUGCGACGGACGAGUGGUUUGCGACGGCCGAUAACCUGCUGCAGCCUCACGCGCCGCACUUCGACUCGGAGACCUUUUGCACGCAGGGCAAGGUGAUGGACGGGUGGGAGUCGCGCCGCCGGCGCCUUCCCGGCCACGACUGGGCGCUGCUCCGCCUCGGCCUCGCCGGCUCCGUCAAGCGGGUCGAGAUUGACACGGCGCACUUUACGGGCAACCAGACUCCGGCGGUGCGGGUGCUGGCGGCGUGCAUCGACGCGGAGGAGGGCGAGGCGUCGCGCGGCGGCGGCGAGCUGCCCGAGACCGCCUGGCUCGGCCCGCCGCGCGCAGACCUCGGCCAGCGCGGCUCCUGCGCCUCGGCCGACGAGAUUGCUCGCGCCCGCGCCGCCGUCGAGGCGAAGGCCGAGUGGUGCGAGCUGGUGCCCGAGUCGCGGCUGCGGGCGGGGUACGUGCCUCCCGAGCUCGCCUCGCGCCGCGUGACCCACCUGCUGGUCGACGCGCUGCCCGACGGCGGGAUUGCGCGCAUGCGUGCGUGGGGGACCGUGGCGCGCGACUUUGCGACAGAGCUCGACGCCGCCGCCGUCGGCUCGCUCGACCUGCUCUCCGCCCUGAACGGCGCGCGCGCGCUCGGCUGCUCGAACCGGCACUACGGCGAGCCAAGCAACUUGCUGCGGCCUGGCCGCGGGGAGCGGAUGGAUCACGGGUGGGAGACGGCGCGCAACCCGAACCGGCCUGCGGUGCUGCGCCAGGACCCGUCCUCGGGGCUGGUCGACAUGCCGGGCGCGUCGGAGUGGUGCGUGUUCCGACUCGCCGCCGUGGCGGGCGGCAUCGAGCGGCUCGAGAUCGACACGGCGCACUUUCGCGGAAACUACCCAGAGUCGUGCCUCGUGGAGGUGUGCGACGCGCCGCACGCAGAGGUGCAGGACUUGCUCGAGGGCGCGGGCGAGUGGCGGCCGCUGCUGGACGAGCUCGACUCGUCGGCCGGCCGCGCGACGCACGCGCGCGUCUCCAUCUUCCCCGACGGCGGCAUCAUGCGCGUGCGCGCGUUCGGCCGGGCGGUGGCGCCGAUGCCGGAGUGA